AACAUUUCAGGCAGUUUCCGACAGUUAUGCUAAUCGAUAAUUAGUAAUAUAAAGCUUGUCUGCAAUAUGUUUCACCUGCCUGUCCUGUCAGCUCGACAAACUUUGCGGAACUCCCGUGGAAUUUUGAAACGUACAUUCUUUAAAUCAACUUCUUUAAACAUGCCGAUAAAGGUUGGAGACAAGUUACCGUCCAUAGAUGUGCACGAAGGAACGCCAGGAGAUGUUGUAAAUGUGGCAGAGUUGUUUAAAGGGAAAAAAGGAGUGCUCUUUGCCGUUCCUGGUGCGUUUACACCCGGCUGCUCCAAGACUCACCUGCCAGGUUAUGUUUCUGACUUUGAUAAGAUCAAGGCGAAAGGUGUUGAAGUAAUUGCAUGUUUGUCUGUGAAUGAUGCAUUUGUUAUGUCUGCUUGGGGCGAACAACAGAAAGCAGAUGGAAAGGUCAGAAUGCUGGCUGACACUAAAGGGGAUUUCACCAAGGCAAUUGAGAUGGAUUUUGAUGCAACUCCAUUUCUUGGUAAUCAUAGAUCAAAAAGGUAUUCAAUGGUUGUAGAAGAUGGUACUGUCACAGCUUUGAAUGUGGAACCAGAUGGCAAAGGAUUGACCUGCAGUCUUUCUAACAACAUUUUAAAACAGAUCUAGAUGAAUCUUAAUUGCAGUGUCUAAAUAUACCAGCAGGAUAUA